UGUGUGUGUGUGUGUGUGUGUGUGUGCAUGUGUGUGUGUCACUGAACAUUUUUUUAAGUCCAACGCAAAAGAAGGAAAUACCGUCCUUCUAUUGCCACUUGAAACCUCUCAAGACUCGACUGUACCAAGAGUUUAUCAUUCCUGACUGAACGCCUUGGACCAUGGGAGGUUAUUAUGAGUUGGCUGUUCUGGUGUGCGUCGCCUCUCUGCUGUUGACCAGCCGAUGUGAUGAGAGCUGCAAAGGAACGGAUGGACGGCCAGGAGAGAAAGGAACUGCGGGCAGAGAUGGAUGGCCCGGAGUGAAGGGACAGAAAGGAGAGCCAGCUGUGAUCGACGGACCUGUGGACCCAGACGACCUGCUGAGGCUGAAGGGCGAGAUUGGUAGCCAGGGCUUGCAAGGGGUGGUAGGUCCCAAAGGUUACCGUGGAAAUUUGGGGCCACCGGGUCCCAUUGGCGGCCCCGGUCGCCCCGGCCCGGACGGAAAGAGCAUUGGCUCCGGACAGCACUCCGCUCAGCAGGCCCAGUCAGCCUUCUCCGUGAUCAGGACGUCGAACAGCUAUCCUCAGCCCAAGCAGAUAAUAACCUACCAGGAUACCGUGGUCAACAAACCAGGUGACUUUGACACUGCCGCAGGCUACUUCACCUGCAGGGUACCUGGUGUUUACUACUUUACGUUCCAGAGUGUGGCCAAGGUCAGCUUAUGCAUUUACAUAGUCUCUGACUCCCUGGUCAACAAGCUGGGCUUCUGUGAUUACAACGCCAACAGACAAUCCGAACAGGUGCUGUCCGGUGGCGUGGUCUUACAGCUGACGGCCGGGCAGAAGGUUUGGCUGGAGUCCUUUAGAGACGAACAGAUAGUCGAUGCACGAAGCAUGAGAGACACGAGAGAAAAACAGAUCAUCUUCAGCGGCUUCCUGAUUUUCUCCGAUCCUCAAUAAAGUUCACUGCAGCGUGGAGUUGGAGAUUGCGCCACCUUAUCAGUUUAGCAUAUGAUAUUUGUUUUGAAACAAUAACACAGUACAAACAGUACCGCUAUAUUUGUAAAACACGUUGGCUUUAAACCUGCAAAUGAUUUUGGAGGUGUUCAUCUUAGCUUUUUUUGUUUUCAUUUUGUAGUGUUAACAGUCAUUGAAUCCGUCUGUGAAAACCAAAUUAAAGUUAAUUGUGUUUA